AUGGCUCUGAGGCUGUUCCGAACCAUGAGCCAUCCUCAGCCCCCAUCUCACCCUUUGACCACCGACGACCUGAUCUGCUACCACACCUUUGUAGACAAGCUCACUAGGAUGAGAGCCAUCAACCAUCAAAGUGACCCCGAACUUGACACAAACUUUGCCAGUGCACUCACUAACCAACAUCGUAUCACAGAAGAGAUUGUGAACGGGGGCCCACAAGCCUUAAUACAAGAUGUCCAGGCUGGCGUGAAGGUACUCCUCAACAGAAUGGCGACUGAAAUAAAGGAGGACAUGAACCAACUCCUGAGAGGUAGCGAAGCUCGAGUCAACAACCUCAUCCUUGAGUCCAAAACCCGCACCAAGAAGGCCCUCGAGGACCUCAUCCUCAAGGACCGCAAAUCCGCUGAUGGCAUCUUUCUGGAACUCCAAUCCAAUAUAGCCGACAUCCAAGCGGCCAUAGCCAAGAUUAAAGAAACUCUCCGAAUGACCUGA